AUGGCUGCCGGCUUUGGGCACGAGUGAUAACGUAAGGCUGUGCCACUGGCACCAAGCAGCGUGAUAUGCGGGACACGUUGGAAGCCCCCUCCAUUAUAAACACCCUCCAGCGACCGCGCCAUGUGCACCCAGUCAGCACGAUGGGAGGGGACAUGCUGGAAAGGGGUUGUCUUCUUCAACAGGACACAACCAGCAUCACUUCCUUUCCACAAACUACUCCCCUCCUCCUCCUCCUCCUGCUGCCGCUGCCUCCACUGCAGCCACAUGACACCUAGAUCUGCACCCUGAAGCAGAAGGGAAGGAAGGAUAUCCAUUAAAAAGAAAAGAAAAAAUCCUUGUCGCCUUCUCCUCCGCCCUUCGUGGCUUCUUUCUUCCCUUCUGCUCCCGGCUUGCACAAGGUGUCCCCUUCUUCCUCCAUUUAGUAUCUUCUCAAAUCUACACAGUCGCCAUGCCUAAUAUUGUCCUCUUCAGCGGGAGCUCCCACCAAGAUCUCUCCCAGAAAGUCGCCGACCGGCUCGGGCUGGAGCUGGGUAAGGUGGUCACCAAGAAGUUCAGCAAUCAGGAGACCAGUGUAGAGAUUGGGGAAAGUGUUCGAGGAGAAGAUGUCUACAUCAUCCAGAGCGGUUGCGGUGAAAUCAAUGACAACCUGAUGGAACUGCUUAUUAUGAUUAAUGCCUGCAAGAUUGCGUCGUCUUCUAGGGUAACUGCAGUUAUCCCAUGCUUCCCAUAUGCCAGACAAGACAAAAAAGAUAAGAGCCGGGCACCCAUAUCUGCCAAACUGGUUGCAAACAUGCUGUCUGUUGCUGGGGCUGACCACAUUAUUACCAUGGACCUUCAUGCCUCCCAGAUACAGGGAUUCUUUGACAUUCCUGUUGAUAACCUAUAUGCAGAACCAGCUGUACUUCAGUGGAUCAGAGAAAAUAUCCCAGAGUGGAAGAACUCGAUCAUCGUGUCUCCUGAUGCUGGAGGUGCCAAAAGGGUUACAUCAAUCGCUGAUCGGCUGAAUGUUGAGUUUGCUCUGAUCCACAAGGAACGUAAAAAAGCCAAUGAAGUGGACAGAAUGGUGUUGGUCGGGGAUGUGAAGGACCGUAUUGCAAUUCUGGUUGAUGAUAUGGCUGACACAUGCGGCACCGUAUGCCAUGCUGCUGACAAAUUGCUAUCUGCUGGUGCAACAAAGGUUUAUGCCAUUUUAACGCACGGGAUUUUCUCUGGACCAGCUAUAUCUCGAAUCAAUAACGCAGCUUUUGAGGCAGUAGUGGUGACAAACACAAUACCCCAAGAGGAUAAAAUGAAAGCCUGCUCAAAGAUUCAGGUUAUUGACAUAUCUAUGAUUUUGGCAGAAGCAAUCCGAAGGACUCACAACGGCGAAUCUGUGUCUUACCUCUUCAGCCAUGUCCCCUUAUAAGUUUUCUGCUUCCUGUACACAGCAGGCCUCUCCUGGUCCUUUUUAAAGCAACGUUAACUAUAAUCCAGAUAAUAAAUACCUAUUUAGCAGUUUCAAAAAUGUGUACUCCUUCCCUCCUUGGAAGAAUAUUGUCUAGCAAGAACAUAGUAAUUUAAAUGCUUUCUUUUUAUGAAAGUGCUGAACGUACAGCCCUGGUUUCAAACUAGUAAUACAUUUUGUUUCUAUUUAAAAUAUAUAUAUAUAUGGACAUUUGGAUACAGUUUUAUGCCUUGCACAAGAUGAAUUAUUGGUGAAUAAAUCUCGCCAGGUAGUUCAGACAUUUUGAAUGUUAACCUUUUCCAGUGAAAGGCUAGGGAUUGUUUGGGGGGAAGGUGGGAUAUGACGACUGGAGACAUGGAUUCAUACAAUUUUGUAAGAAGUUUAAAUCUUUAUAAUCUUAGCAGACAAGUGUUCUAUGCGUAGACUCCUCUCACUCAACUAUUGGUGGCUUAACUUUGUUCAAAUUCUUUACAACACUGGGCAUUGGCAAGCCGUCUUAGCACUGUAACCCUACUUUAUUUUAUAUUUUUCCAUGAUUUUCAUGUUCUCUUUCAUUUAAAAUGUUUUUCAAGUUGCCUCCUGUGCAUGCCACACUGUUGUUGCUAAUUAGCGUGCUACAAAAGUUAACACUGCUUUCCAACAAAAUAGCUUUUUUAAAUGGUCUGCAUUGUCAGUGUCACUACUAGAACAUCAUCAAAUAUCAAAAUAAAUAUGUAGAAUUCUGUCUUGACCAAGAGCAACUUUAUCAAACCUGAUUAAAAACAUGAUGUACCAAAGUUGGGUUUAGUAAAAGCCGUACAAUGCAUUACCUCUUGUAUUUUUUUAUAUAAUGGUCUGUUUUGUGUAGUUUUUUUUUUGUUAUUUUCUUUCCAGAAUGGGUCUCUGUUGCUAUUUGUGUGAAACAAAUAUUUUUGCUUAAACAUCAUCAAUAAAUUGUAAGAGUUCCAAGUGGAA